GUGUUCCAGAUAGCCUAUAUGAUCCUGAAGGCUGCCAACUCCCCCAGGCCAGGUAACUGGGUGCUGGAGCGUUCCCUGGACGGGGUGACCUUUACCCCCUGGCAGUACUAUGCCAUCACAGACACAGAGUGCCUCACCCGCUUCAACAUCCUUCCCCGCACCGGACCGCCAUCUUACACACGCGAUGAUGAGGUCAUCUGCACCUCUUUCUACUCCAAAAUCCAACCCCUGGAGAAUGGAGAGGUGAGGGGUCAGGGGUCCACAUAGGGUCACUGAAAGGUUAUAGGGGUCAGCUGUGGCGUAACAGCUACAGGGACUUGUUUCUAUAGUAUAUAUGAUUAUUUGUUGAACACUUCAAACUGAAAUUCAAUUUCAAUUCAAAUGCACAAUGUAAAAACUUGGAUUCCAUUUCACUGUAAUAUAUUAGAUUCAUCCAUGGCCCACAUGAAAUAAGACCACCAGCACACUUUCAUUCACUUGCUUUAAUGGGCAAUGUAUGGAAGCCAUUUGCUGCUGACUUGAUUGCCAGCUUCAGUAGUAUUUAAGUGCCCUGGUGGUUUAGUUCAAUUACAUGAGUCAGCUUUGAAAUCACUCACCAGCUGCUCACAAUCAAAUUGACUUAAUUAAAGUUGUGGUGAGCAAAGUUGCCCUAAUAGUGGACAUCUUGUUUACGAGUUAGGCAUACAGUCUAGGCACAUGGCACAUUUUAUUUCCUGGUGUGCUGGUUCAAAGCGCUCUCUUUUCUGUUGCAUCAUCCAUAUCUAGCAUUUUUCCGUAUUUGUUUUUGUUGUUGGAAUUUGGAAUAAAGAAAGCCUACUUCACACGAAGAAGAAUACACAAACACAUAUCAACCCAUACACACUCCACAAAAGACAGUAACGCUGCCUUGAUAAUAAUAUGCCAUUUAGCAGACACUUUUAUCCAAAGCGAAUUACAGUCAUGCGUGCAUACAUUUUUGUGUAUGGGUGGUCCCGGUGAUCGAACCAACUACCUUGGCGUUACAAGCGCCGUGCUCUACCAGCUGAGCUACAGAGGACCACGAUAAGUUGUGUAUCGGAGCAACUCCUUUUAAUUGUGAGAACCUAUUGCACAGUCUGCGCUCACUGACAGCAAUGAAAGCAGUCCAGUCCAUAGCACCACCGUUGAUCCAGUUUAUACUGUAUUAUCACCCACAUAACUCAGUUCUCUAGCACCCUACUUCUCCUCCCCCCUCCUCCUCCCUCCCCUAACCCCCAGAGUCCCCCGCCCAGGCCCCCCUGCUCUGCGCAGGCAACCAGGAGCUCCUGUCAGCCGGCUCCUUUUAGGUAGUGACAGAAAGUGUACAGCAUGAUCAUAGCGAAAUCCUAAUGAGUCGUAGGCGGAUGUCAACGCAUCGCAGAUCUUAUAUUGAAAUGUCACUCUCUGACUUCUUCAAAAACAGCCAAGCUAACCACACAGCCUUAAUUAGCAGGCAGACACAGUUAACCCUUCAUAGCUGCAACCAAAUAUUGUUUUUGCCAGGUCCAUUAAUGUGUUGUCGUCUUACCUCAGUAGUGGUGUGCUGUGAAUGUUGUUAUGAUGCUGUUUGUUAUGGAUUUUCUGUUUAGAUAUUUAAUUGAGUCUUUGUUAAAUACAAUAUUGAAUAGGGGUCAUUGAAGAUCUCCCUUUUCCUUUAUAACUUACUUGGGGUCUUUUUGAAUGUAUUAAUCUAUUACUAAGAAUCCGUACCAUUCGGUGCUGUGUCUCAAUUUGCAACCGGGGCUUAGAUCCACACCUCUCUGAUCAAUGGAAGGCCGAGCGCUGAUGACCCCUCCCCGACUUUACUGAACUUCACCUCCGCACGCUACAUCCGCCUGCAGUUCCAGCGAAUCAGAACCCUCAACGCUGACCUCAUGACCCUGGCCUUCAACGACCCCCGCGAUGUCGACCCCAUCGUGACCAGGCGGGUAAGAACGACCCAACGUGUCGUAGACUACGCAUUACCAUCGCCUUCAUAUAGCAUCAUGAUCAUGAAUUCCAUCUGUGAGCCACUACCGUAUUUAUUUUCUACCCACCACCACUAUCAAAAUCUGUGAAAUGGCCGUGCGGCAUGUUGAUUACGUUGCGUUCACCAGACAGAUGGGUCUUAAUUAAAAAUGUUUAUAAUUAAGAAAAUCUGUUCCUUUCUGAGCAACAUCCACCUCAUCAUGUGUUGACUUCGGCCUACACUAUCAGUCACCCAGCGAGCUCCUGUGUGACGCAUAAUUACCGGACAGAUUGCAGGGUUUAUUUUGAGGAAUUUUUCAUUAAAAAAUACUGCUCAAUUUAGUCAUACAAAAGGGACUUAAAUAAUGAAAUUGUGGAUGAAAUUGUCUCUCACUCUCGGAUAAAUAAGUGUCUUUGAAUAUACUAGACUGUGAUGUAUUUUUGUAGAAGUAGCCAUGACGAUAGAAAUAUUCAUGCCAGUAAUCUCCAUUUCUAUCCACUUGUUACUGUCUCGUAUGUGUUUUUGCAGUAUUACUACUCUAUCAAAGACAUCUCAGUUGGAGGGAUGUGUAUCUGCUAUGGCCAUGCUAAAGCCUGUCCUCUGAACAACCAGACCAAGGUAUGUCAAUCAACCUGCAGUCUCCAUCCAUGGCCCCUUCUCUACACUGUGAGAUAAAGUAAGAUAGAUUUUCUCCCCCUGGGCACGGUUCAUUUAGCAUUUGAUAGUAACACCAAAGCGAAACGUGAUACUCUUUGACCUGCGGCCCUCGUUUUAAGUGUGCUCCAGUUGUUUCUUGGGUGAAAAGAUCUGAGUCGUCCCUUCAGUGACGAUGACACUGUAACAUGGCAUCAUUUGAUCCCCUGUCAGAAAUUCAGCUGUGAGUGUGAACACAACACAUGUGGGGAGAGCUGUGACCGCUGUUGCCCCGGCUACAACCAGAAACCCUGGAUGGCUGGGACCUUCCUCACUCGCCACGUCUGUGAGAGUAAGACCCCACAGUGAUAAACACAGUGUUACAUACUGUACAUACAACUGCCAAUUUUAUAUAAAAUUGUUUAGUAUGAUCCUAUGUUAUGUAAUUUGGUUUUAUCUUGCUAUCUUAUUUUGAUGUUAUGUAAACUUGAUGGGAAGAAUGUCUGGUGUUUUUCAAUUUUUUAUAAAACUUAUGAAACUCAACUUGAGAGACACCUGGUAAACAGUGCUAAACAAUUUUUUCAUACAGUUCUUUUUUUCCAUGAGGUACUGUAAUAAUUCCAUUUGUUUACUGAAUCUUUCCUUUGAUUUUAUUUGAUGCCUUCUACAGAGUGUAACUGUCAUGGGAAAUCUGAGGAGUGUUACUUCAACCAGACGGUGGCAGACAACAAACAGAGCCUGAACUCCAAGGGGGAGUACGUGGGGGGAGGGGUGUGUGUGGGGUGCACCAGGAACACAGCCGGGGUCAACUGCCAGACCUGUGCUGAUGGCUACUACAGACCCACUGGGGUAUGUACUGGUACUGUAUAUCCCAGUUGACAAGGAGCCAAGCAAUGACUGAGGUGCCUAUGAGUGAAUAAUCAAUAGUGAUCUCACUCCGUAUCUAUAGCUUUGUAUCGUGACUAGGGCCAUGAGUUGUUCCUGGCCUGAGCAGGAAAUACUCUGGGCCCUAUCAUGAUAUAUUAUGUUCCCAAUAUCAAAUAUGGCUUGUCAGAGUCUCCAUCUCUCCUCUUCCCUCCAGGUGAGUCCAGAGGACUCCAACCCGUGUCAGCCCUGCUCCUGUGACCCAGCAGGCUCUCUGUCCCCAGCAUGUGUUCCAGACCAGUCCCAGGCUGAAGGAGGUAUGCUACUCAACCGUCCUGUUCUCCUCUCCCCGCUGAUUUAGCCGCCAUAUGUCCCCCCCCCCACCCCCGGUCUCCCUGUUUAGUGCUAAAGCCUGCAUCUCUCCUCCUGUCUGGUCCCACAGACCUCACGGCUGGAUCCUGUCACUGUAAGCAGGGUUACGGGGGACAGCAGUGUGACAGGUGUACCUUUGGCUACAGCGGCUACCCCAACUGUAUCCGCUGUAACUGCAGUCUAGACGGAAGCCUAAACAAGGAUCCCUGCCUGUUGCCCUGUGUCUGCAAGGUAGGUCACCCCCCCCCCCCCCCCCCCCCCCCCAUAUCUCUAUCCUCCCUUCUUCCUCUCCUCCCCCACCACCAGAACCAAUCCAUUCAGUGUCAGUGGUGGACACAUCAGCAUGAUGCUUCACUCCCUCGUAGGGCCAACAGCUCCGAGUCCCCUCAAGUUCUUCUCACUAAUUGCUCCAGUAGAAAAUGUGACUUAUCAUUUGUUGUUCAAAUUAGUCGGCUACUUCCGCCGCUGCUAUUGUGCACACUCAUGUCUCACAUUUGUCAUACCCUGGGCAAACUCACUCAUUCACUAG